AUGCCGGGCGGCAUGGACCCGUUAGGCGGGCAGGGGAUCCCAUCAGCGGCGCCACCGCUGGUGCGCCGCGCGAGACCGCCGUUCCCAGGCGCCGCCCGGGUGGCAGCGGACUCGCUGAGGACGUCGUGCUCAGGUGCUCUGCCCCGGGCGGCGGCCUUUGUUCCUCGUCACAUCACCAGGAAGAAGAGCUCGACGUCGCGGUCCAGGCGCCCCGGCGAUCAGCACGGUGCAUUGCAAUCACCAGCAGCAGCGCCGGCGACGUUCACCAUAACCAACAGCUGCGACUACACGGUGUGGCCGGGCAUCCUCUCCAACGCCGGCGCCCCGCCGCCGUCGACGACCGGCUUCGCGCUGCCCCCGGGCCAGACCGUCGCGGUCACCGUCGCGUCCGCGUGGUCCGGCCGCAUCUGGGGCCGGACGCUCUGCUCCACGGACUCCUCCGGCACCUUCUCAUGCGCCACCGCCGACUGCGGCACGGGCGCCGUCGAGUGCUCCGGCCGCGGGGCCGCGCCGCCGGCCACCCUGGCGGAGUUCACGCUCGCCGGCGGCACCGGCGGGGACGACUUCUACGACGUCAGCCUCGUGGACGGCUUCAACGUGCCCAUGGUCGUCGCGCCGCAGGCGCCGGCGCCGGCGUCGGGCAACGGGAGCUGCCAGGCCACGGGGUGCCCCGCGGACGUGAACAGGGCGUGCCCCGCGGAGCUGCGCGUGGCUGCGCCGCCGCCUGGGACGGCGGCGGUGGCGUGCCGGAGCGCGUGCGAGGCGUUCGCGGAGGCCGAGUACUGCUGCAGCGGCGCGUACGGGUCCCCCGCGGCGUGCGCGCCCACGGCGUACUCGCGGUUCUUCAAGGGCGCGUGCCCGGCCGCCUACAGCUACGCGUACGACGACGCGACGUCGACGUUCACCUGCGCGGCGGCCGGCGGCGGCUACGACGUCGUGUUCUGCCCCGGCACGUCCAGCCUAAAAUCUGGCGGGAAUCCCGAGGCGGCAGGCCUGCCACCCUCCAACCCAACGAUGGAGUUCUCCGGAGAUGCGGGAGGCAGCAGCCUUGGGACGAGCAGGAUCGCCGUGGUUGCCCUCCUCCUGGCCAUCUUCUCGCUGACAUCGACGCGGCGCUGCUGAUCUCAUUCUCAUGCAAAACGUGAUACUUAAACCUUAGCAAGAACUGAAGAGCUAGAUAACUUCAUUUUGUUUUCCUUUUAAUUUUCCCCACCGGCAGGAGAAAUGAAAUAGACAUGAUUUCCUU